AUGUUCGCAGUUCCCGGAUGGAACGUUGCCGCGCAGGUGAAGACCCAGGUCGAGACACCGAAACCAAAAGAUUCGACCAAACCCGGGAAGAAAGCGCAGAAGAGGAAAGAGAAGCGCGAGGAGCAGCAGGUGAAUGUGGACAACCUGACAGAGCAGUGGGACAGCAUAGCCAACGGAAAAGGCGCACAGGUGGAGAAGGCCAAGAAGUCAGAGGCGGAUGGCGCAGAAGCGACAGAUGAGACAGCGCAAGAGAAGCGCGGGAAGAAGAGGAAGCGAGGAAAGGCUGGAGGUAACAAGGACAAGGAAGCGAAUGGAGAUGGUGAAAAGGGAAUCGAAGCAGAGGCUACGACGGUAGCCGAGCCUUCAAAGGUCAAGGCAGAUGCUGCGAAGCCUACUGAAGAGAAGCCUACAACGGCCGAUAACGAGUCAAAACGCGAGAAGAAGAAGCGCAGGAAGGAAUCCAAAGCCGACAAACUACUCGCCGCGAAUGCAGCCGACGCGAACUCGACCUCCGCGACUCCAGUUUUAGAGAACCUCCUUCCUGAACCCAAAGGCCUCACACCUCUACAGCGAUCUAUGCGCAGUAAGCUAGCCAGUGCGCGAUUCCGUCACCUGAACGAAGCGCUUUACACGAAGCCCUCUGCCGACAGCGCAUCUCUUUUCAAGGAAGACCCAUCAAUGUUCGAAGACUACCACCGCGGAUUCGCGCAGCAGGUCGAAGUAUGGCCAUCGAACCCUGUAGACGGAUACGUGAACAGCAUAUUAGUCAGAGGCAAGCUGCGGAACAAGGACGCCCGGAAAGACAGGAGAGGACCAGCGAAGAAUGGAGUCCGCAGAGGCCCAGGCUUCGAGGAAGAAGAGACUACAGCCAUAGCACCUCCCCGAGGCGACGCGAAACCGCUACCCAGAGACUUCAAAGGCCAUAGCACAAUCGCCGAUCUAGGCUGCGGAACAGCUUCGUUGUCGUACCGCCUACAACCCCAUCUCAAAUCUCUAAACCUCACAUUCCACUCUUUUGACUUAUCCAAACCCACGGGUCCCUCUGCCGAUCUCGUAACCAUAGCCGACAUUUCCGCCCUCCCCAUUCCUGAAAACAGCGUCGACGUAGCCAUCUUCUGCCUCGCCCUCAUGGGAACCAACUGGCUCGACUUCAUCGACGAAGCAUACCGCAUCCUCCGCUGGAAAGGUGAACUCUGGGUCUCUGAAAUCAAAUCUAGAUUCGGACGCGUAGACAAGAAGAAAGGCGGUAUACCCAUAAACUCUAUUGGCUCCCUCAAGAAGACCAUGGACAAGAAGCCUCCCAAGGCUAAGAAGGCCAAAGCGGAUAAGCCACCGGAAGAGGGACCUGUUGAUUCGGAAGACGAGGCUGAGCUUGCGGUCAAUGUAGAUGGUCAAGAGGGCAAGGAGGGAACAGAUGUUUCUGCAUUCAUCGAGGUUCUGCGAAAGCGCGGGUUCGUGCUUGAUGCUCUGCCAGAGAGACCAGGCGAUGCGAUUGAUCUCAGCAACAAGAUGUUUGUCAAGAUGCAGUUUGUCAAGGCGGCGCACCCGAGCAAGGGCAAGAACGCGAGGGAAGACCAGAAAGCAGGAGCUGUAGCGCAGAGAGGCGGGGGUAUGAAGUUUGGGCUCAAAGGAAAGAGAUUUGGUGCGGGAGAGACAAACAACGAGGGCGAUGAGAAAGAGGGAGCGGUAUUGAAGCCGUGCUUGUACAAGAUUAGGUGA